UGCCUUUCUAUACCCUCCCCCCCAGGCUCUUGCACAAUGGCUGAUGACCCCUCUGGCUGGUCCCUGACCGAGUCCGACCCUCAAGUAUUCUCCCAGCUGCUGAACGACUUGGGCGUCAAGGGUUUGCAGGUGGAUGAUCUCUACUCGUUGGACACCGAAACUCUCGCCACCUUGAAACCUAUCCAUGCUCUCAUAUUCCUCUUCAAAUAUGUGUCAUCCGAAGAAGAAAAGGGCGGAGAGACGCAGGGUGUCGAAGUCGACCCUCUGAGUAGCGGUGUGUGGUUCGCCAACCAGGUCAUCAACAACAGCUGCGGCACUUUGGCCGCUCUUAAUGCUGUAAUGAACAUUCCCACCGAGUCUUCGCCCUAUGCUGGAGAGUCAAUAGAGCUUGGUGUACGUGACUGCCAGUCCUCUAAUACACAUCAUCGACUGACAAUAUACCAGGAAGAGCUCGGCAACUUGAGGGAGUUUGGGGCUGGGAUGGAGUCCCUCGAGCAAGUCCACGCAGGCCCCAAACAAGCCAUCGCUGACUUUGUAUGACUGCAGCCUCGGCCACAUUGUUUCUUCAU